CCCUCGCUGCCCGAGCGCCGGGCGGAGAGAGAGCGUCAGUCGGCCGGAGCGCGGACCUGUGUGCGUCUGGACUUGGGGCUCGCUCGCUUCCCGGCAGCCGCGCAACUUCCCGGCCGUAGCUGAGGCGACGGAGAGCACCGCCGGCGGGCCCUCGCGGCGCCCAGGCCUCCCUGCUCGCGUCCCGGUCGCCCUCGGAGUCGGCCCAGCCCGCCGCCGGUGGAGGCGUGAGGUGACGACGGGCGAGUGCCGCGAGCAGCGUUAGCCGCCGCGGCCUCCGGUCCUCCCUCCGCCUCCUUCUCUGCCCCCCCCCCCUCGCUUCCCUCCUCCCACUUCCCGGGCUCCGGCGUGUCCCGGCCACGCUCAGUGCCGCUGCAGGAACAAAGGAGGACCCCGCGGCGGCGGCAGCGCCACCUCCGCUUCCGACCCGCUUCCGACCCGCUCCCGGCCCGAGGCGGCCGCUCCGGGGCGCCCGGCUCGCCCCUCCCGGAGGCCUGGGCCCGGCCUCACCGCGCCGGCGUCGCGCGCGAGCCCGGCUCCUGCCCUCCUGCCCCCCGCAGGUUGCAGGCUAUUUAUAGUGAAUUGAAAGUAGUUGUGUUUUCUGAAGAAGGGAAGGUGGAAUACUUUGCAAGUUGCAAGUCGAAGUGGGUAAAAUCCUUGAGAUUCCUUUCCCCCUCCUUUUUUUAUGUAAAAGAUUUUAAAGAAUUGAAUUAACUAAGGUUGAUGCUUAACUUUAAGGUUGAUGCUUAAAUUUAGGCCUGUUCGCCAUUAUAAAGCCACUGUCAGAUGAGCCACUGGAAGUUAGUAUAGCAACUGUGAGCUAGCAUAAUUCUUAAGCUGGCUUCAAGGAAUGAACUUUUUGCAUAGAGCAGAUUCCCACAUAACUACGUGGGGCGGGGGGGGCGUGCAAGUAAAGACAUAAUUUAUUAUUUGAAGCAUUUUUGCACAUAUUAAAAAUUUUUUAAGCCCAGCUGAAAAUGUUUAUUAAUAAACCUAAGUGAUGUUGAAAUGUUUACACUACCGUGCUCCAAAAUGAGUCAGCUAAAUUCCACUUACUAUUUAAAGAGACCAUGUCAACUAAAUUAGUAGUAUUGUUUGAAGUAAGCUGUGGUUCUCCAACACCCUCCACAUAAGCUUGAUUGGCUUGAAGUAUUUUCAAGCUUCAGAUAUUUCUUUUUGCUAACGAAAGGAGAGAGUACUAUCAUUUAACUGUGGAGGAAAUAGUGGCAAGAUUCUGGCCAGGUCAAAUUUGGUUAGCCCUCGUCUCCCCUUCUUGUAAUUUUGGUAAAAAGUAUUAAAUAACUUGCUAAAACAUUGUUUUUAGUAACUCACUAAAGAGUGUAUUCUAGUGUGUGUUAGUUGGAAAAAAGCCAUAUGAAAUUCUAGACCAGCUCUAGCUUGAAUGAAGGACUUUGCUGCACUUAAUCUGAAAUGUUUAUAACUUAACAAAUAACUAACUUAACUUCCGUUAUCAAUGUUAAGACACAUUUAAAUGACCAUGACCACAAGUUAUAGCACACAAUCUCCCUUUAAUAAAAUGCUCUCAAAUAUGUUUUUGUACGUACAUACAUAUUUUAAGGUGACAUGGAAACUUUCUACAGUUUAAAUUUUUCUUACUGUGUGUUUUCACUUAAAACUCAGAAAAAUUUACUAAAUUUAGCAUAAUGUUACUAUAUCUGUUCUAAUUUUAACAAGGCUUCUGGAAAAGCAAGGUAGGCUAGCUGUAUGAAGUUCUUUCUGGUAACCUAGCAUUAAAUAUUAAUGACUACUGAAGGUUGUGUGUUCAUAUUGCUUGGCUUUGCCAUAUUGAAAUUGAGCUUUCAAAGGUUUCAUUUUCUGACGUGAGGAAGGCAAGCACUCGUGAAAAGCUUUAAUAGAGCCUCUGGCUGGAGAAAUCUAUAGCUGAUAAUCUGUGCUUUUGCAAGUUACUAGGCACUGCCUUUAAAGUAUUCAAACCCAGAUUUCACACCUCAAAUGCAGAACUUAAAAGGAAUUGCAUGAGCAGCUGACCCCUAAAUUCUUAAAGAGCUUCACUUGUUAGUGCCAAGGCAGCAGGAAAGGCCAGAUGAUCUAUCAGCUCUCUUCAGUGUUCUGUAAAGGUGUUGCGUUUUUAAGUUUUUAAAAUUCUGUCCCAUAGCAGAAUUGUUGAAUUACUAGUGAGGCCCAUCAUCUUAUAAGAUAUUUUAAGAAAGCUUUAUAGCUACAUCCAGUGUACAGCCAGCUUAAAGAACCACUAGUACAUAUCAAGAGUUGGUACUUAAUUGUGAUUAUUGUAGAUUUUUUUUCCAUUGGCAAGUUCCAUUUUAUAUAUUUUUAGCCAGAGAAGUAAAUAAAAAUCUCAUUUGAUAUGGUGGUCUGCCUGUAGUGCAGAAAUCAGAAAGUGACUUUAAGAUGACAAUUGUCCAAACUGAUUUAAAUGUAAUUCUGACAUCUGGCAGAGUGACCUUUUCAGAAAUUGAAACAAAGAUCAUAGUGGUAGGUGGAGUAAUGCAUUUUAAUGUUUAAUGACAGCAUUUUUUUUGUCCUAAAGCAUGUGAAGUUCCUAUAGUUCAUUGUUUAUCAAGUUAAAAAGACAAUUUCUUUAAUGCCCUUUGUUUUAUAAAGGCCACAAAAUAUUCAUAGUUUUCUUGUCCUACUCUUUUUAAUGAUUAACAUAAUUAGGACCUUUGUUAGAAAUAGACUUGGUGUUUAGAAAUAACAAAGGUAUGCUGGUGGCUGUCAUACUAAUUUAGUGAUUUUAUUUGGUGACAUGCUAAUUUCUAAAAUUUUGUUUUUGUUUUGUUUAUAGCAGAAAAAUAUGGCUCAGGAGACUAACCAGACCCCAGGGCCCAUGCUGUGUAGUACAGGAUGUGGCUUUUAUGGGAAUCCUAGGACAAAUGGAAUGUGUUCCGUUUGCUACAAAGAACAUCUUCAGAGGCAGCAAAAUAGUGGCAGAAUGAGCCCAAUGGGAACAGCUAGUGGUUCCAACAGUCCUACCUCAGAUUCUGCAUCUGUACAGAGAGCAGACACUAGUUUAAACAACUGUGAAGGUGCUGCUGGCAGCACGUCUGAAAAAUCAAGAAAUGUGCCUGUGGCUGCCUUGCCUGUAACUCAGCAAAUGACAGAAAUGAGCAUUUCAAGAGAGGACAAAAUAACUACCCCGAAAACAGAGGUGUCAGAGCCAGUUGUCACUCAGCCCAGUCCAUCCGUUUCUCAGCCUAGUACUUCUCAAAGUGAAGAAAAAGCUCCUGAGUUGCCCAAACCAAAGAAGAACAGAUGUUUUAUGUGCAGAAAGAAAGUUGGCCUUACAGGGUUUGACUGCCGAUGUGGAAAUUUGUUUUGUGGACUUCACCGUUACUCUGACAAGCACAACUGUCCAUAUGAUUACAAAGCAGAAGCUGCAGCAAAAAUCAGAAAAGAGAAUCCAGUUGUUGUGGCUGAAAAAAUCCAGAGAAUAUAAAUUACUACUUGUGAAGAGACUGAAACUUUGUUUUUAUUUUAAUAUAUCGUAGGAAAACAUUAAAGAGCAGAUGCAUGGCCAUUUUCCUUUGAUGUUCUCCAGAGUUUUACUUUACACUUGUCUGUCUUAUAAUUGAAAUUUUAGGAUGUUUGGGUGUUUGUUACAGGCAGAAAUGGAUAGAUACAGCCCUACAAAAUGUAUAUGCCCUCCCCUGAAUAAAAUUGGAUGAAAAUCUGCACAGCAAAUUGAAAUACACAGACGAUAGGGACAAAAUUUAGUUCCCACGUGCCAAACAUAAUCCGUGAAAUCUCUGCAUGUUUGCAGCAUAUCUGCCUUUUGGGAAUGUAAUCAAGGUAUAAUCUUUGGCUAGUGUUAUGUGCCUGUAUUUUUUUAAAAAAUGGUACACCAGAAAAGGACUGGCAGUCUACUUCUUCCAUAGUCCAACUUCACCCUGUUAAUUUCCACAACAUGUCCUUUGGAAGCAGGAGGAAAGCUAUAAAGAGGAUCAGACCUUUCCGUGAAACCAGUGUUUGGUGCCAUAUGUAAGCCUGGCUCAUUGGUCUCCUAAAAGCUGUCAAGUAAGACAUUCUGUGAAAGGUAAACAUCGCAACUGGUUAUCAUGAGUAAAGCCAUCAAGCCAACAGGGGCUUGAGCUCUCUUUGAAGCUUACUGUGCUGGCCUGCACCAGAAGAUGCCUGCAUUACUCUCAUUGCUCAAAAUGUUGUGUAGCACAGAACUGCACUAGGAUUAAUUUGUCUACAAGAAGAAAUUAAAACUACAUUUGGUUUUUACAUGCCGCAGCUCUAUUGAAUAACAUGCAUCUGAAUUUUAAGUUGCAAAGGUAUCUGAAAAGUUCAUUUUUCGUGUGCAUCUUUUGUUGAAUGUUUUGGUUCAAGAAAGAAUGUUUAAAGCUUUUUUAAAGACUUCAGUUCUUAAUGUAACUGUACCUUCUGCAUGGAAAAUCAUAACCAACAUGGCUGCAGUAGACUUCUUAGUGGUAUCCAGCACCACUCGCAGAGGGCUGCGUUAUCCUAUUAAUUGUACUUGGGUGUAGGACUCUAGUGUUCUUGGGUGUAUUGCAUGGGCUGCAUUAUCUACAGCAUUGUACAAUAACAACUAGAAGAGGCAGUAUACUUCACUGAUGCUUGUCUGGUAAUAUCACUUCUGUGUCAUAAUGGAAGGUUUUUGUGAUGUAUGAAACUUGUGUUUUUUAUAUAUAAACGAGCAUAGUUAGAUUAGUAUUGUGGUAAUGCCUGUUUUCAUCUGUAAAUAGUUAAGUAUGUACACGAGGCACUACUUCUGAUUUAUUGCAGUGUUCAGUCCUAGUUUUUACUUUAAUUAAAGCAUUCGGUUUUGCUUUCGAUUUUUAUGUACCUUAGUUCGGAGUUAGAUCUGCAGAUGUGUACAGAUAGUUCAUAUUUAUGUAUUGCACAUAAUCAUGCUAUUCAGCAUCGAUGCUAUAUUGUAUUAUGUAAAUAAUAAAAGCCAUGUACAGAGGGAAA